UCGUCCGCACAACGGUUACGCGUAAAUUUUUUCGAAAGUCUUUGAAAUUUGUGCCGAUAAAUGGUUUAAAAAAAUAAAAUAAAAUUCCAAUUGUGCAAAAAGUGCAGGUAAAAUUAAUAUUUAUUGAAAAAUAGUUUUCACCGUAAAUUUGCAUGGCAAAUUGCAGUUAAAUAUCAAUAAUAAUCAAAUUGGUGAAUGAGUGAGUGAAUUUAUAUGAAUGCGAAUGGGAAGUAAAAUAGUGGAAAGAGAAGAAAAAUAUUAAUAAGAAGAAGCAUAUUAUAGCAACAAAUAUAAAGUGUGAGAUUACGAAGAGAAGAAAUUUAGAUUCAUUUGCGAAAGUGAAUGAAUUAUAUUUGAGUUAAUUGAACAUGUCAAAAGUGUGAAAAUUUAUAAAAGUGCAGCAUCAAAAUAUCAAUGUCUAAUACAAUAAUAAAUAAAUUCAGUAGCUGAUAAUACAAGUUUGCGUGAAUAUGUCGUUGAAAAUAUUUACAUUUGUACGAAAAUAUAACAUGCACAUAUUGAGGUCAUACAUAGCAAAGUGGUGUUGAAAUCGAAGUGUGCGCUAAAGGGGAAAGUAUUUUUGUGUAUGUGUGCGUAUGUAUAUCUGCAAUACCCACAGUGCAUGUAUCGCUUGUUGACCAGCAAACGAAAAAAAAAUAAAAACAUAAACAGCUGCUGCGCUGGUCAUUAGAGCAGAACACUUGCAAAAGCCCAUAGGGCUCACACCGCUGACUGUUGGAUCGUCCUUGUGCAAGCAUAAUUAAGUAUUCUCGUGCUCCCCGCUGCGGACAGGUGCUGUACCUACCGAAAUAUUAAUUAUUCAUUUAUUUCAGUUGUUUGAUAACAGGCGUGCAUAAUUAACGAUUUCUCGUUAAAAAUACAUAGAAAGUAUGAAAGUGAAAUUUUAAUGGACACAAAGUGUUAAAUAUUGUAAGUAGAAAUUUCUUAUCAACAUCACAGUGUGUAGUGAAAAAGCGGUGUACCAGCCCUUACAAAUAUAAAUUGAUAGUAAUAAAUAAAACUAAAUAAAUUACCUAAGCAGAUGCACCAAUAAGUAUAACGGUAAUUUGUGUAUACAACUAUACAAGAAAAAAGCGUAAACGAAAACGCGAAAAAUUAAUCAUUCCAAGAUACAAAAAUAUACAACAAAACAAUUAGAAUUGAGGUGCAUCGGUGAGCUUAUGGCAGAAUGUCUGCUGUGCUAAUGCUAAAAGCGUAAAAGCGUGAAAAUCCAAAGAGCAUAGCAGCAGUGGAAAACAAACAGUGUGAGUAGCAGAAGCAGGCAGUCACCACAGCCGCAACAUUUUUUAGGUGUGUGUGCUCCACUCACCUACUUUCGCGCGUGUUGCUGCUUUUGUCCAUAGUAGUAGUAGUUGUGGUGGUGCCUCCCCCAACACCCAACAUUGAAUUGCUGCUAUCAACCCAAUAGCUACAGCAGCGUUGCUGUCGCGUGUUUCGUGGCUCUCCUCUUCGCCAAUCGUCACAUUUAUGAGUUCGGCUCUCGCGUUACGUAUCGUUAACUCUCGCUACUAUCGGUAUAUCGUCUUCUUCUUCUUCGGUAAACCAACAGAAAAAAAAUAUUUAAUUAAAUCAAAUAAAGUGAAGAUAAAUCGUUUGUGCUAGUCAACAUCGUUUUUCAUUGUAAAUAAUAAAUAAAUAAAUUUUCUGAGCAAUUAACACGAGCAUUGAGUUGCUUGAAAUUAAUCAUAAACGGUGCCAAUUCAUUGAAAUAUUCAAAUUAUUACUUGCUUCGUGCGCUGAAGCUCGGAGUGCGUGCGUGUGUGUGAAAAAGUGCGAGAAAUAUUGUCGUCUUUUAAUGCUCUGCAAUCGAAAAUUUUUUAUUGAUCGCCGUUAAUAAAGAUGUGUGUGUGCCUGUAUAUAUUUUGAGUUAGUGCGUUCAUUUGGUAAAAUCGUGUAAAUCUCCCAGCGCUUUGUUAGCGUUGUGUCGUGCAUCACCCCGCAGCAGCAGUUUAUUUGCGAUGCCAUUGUUGUUGGAAUAUGAAGCGCUUGACUUUUGAUUCACAACAAUUAUUGCAUAAACAGAAAACAUUGUGUGUAGUUCCCAUACUCAAGUGUAAUUUGUGCAUUUAGAAUGGCUGCCGCUAGUGCUGGCCAACAAUUGCACCAGCAGCAGCAACAACAACAGCAACAGCUGAAUCACUCGCAUCAUCAGCAACAACAACAACAAGACAUAGAUGCAAUUGGAUUGCGCCAAUCAUUUCAGCAAUCAAUGAAACAACAACAACAACAACAGCAGCAACAGCAUGCACUGACAUUGCAACAACAGACGGUGCUGCAGCUGCCACAGCAGCAACAGCAACAACCGAUGCAACAGCAUAUACAAUUGCAAUUGCAACACUUAAAUAAUGGACAACAGCAAAUGUUGCAGCACCAGCAGCAACAGCAACAACUGCAAUUACAGCAGCAUGCACAUCAGCAGCAGCAGCAACAAUUGCGUGCUGGGAAAUUCACCACGCGUGUCGCUUCCAAUUCGCCACUGUUCACGCAGCAGCACCUGCAGGAACAACAAAAACAAUUGCAGCAGCAACAGCAACAACAGCAGCAGCACCAACAACAUUUACAGCUGUCACGACAGCAGCAACAACAAAAUCAGCAACACACGCUGUCGCAAACGAUGUCCACUGGCUUGUUAAAUGGCGGUGGCACCGUAUAUGCUGCAAGCAAUGGUGCAACACGCAGUCAGCCAAUGAAUAUUUAUCAGCAAACACAACAAAAUAAUGUAGCAAUACAGCAGCAACAACAACCGCAACAACGCUUGCAACAACAUCAAACCCAACAGCACUCAGUAAAAGUGAAUAAUAAUGUUGUGGCAGCGCCACCUACAAUUGCCUCACGUCAACAUAUUACCAUAAGCAAUUCCCCUUCCACUCAUAAUGUGAGUGUUGGUGCUGCAUCUGCUGCCACUACGGCAACAACUACAAACUCCACCGUAGGGCAGCCAAGUGCUGUCAGCGCUACUAAUGCUAAUUUGGCACCGGGUUGGCGUAGACAGGCCAACAACGAUGAAAUCAUCUACAUAAGCCCAACCGGUGCAACGUUGCGUACACAGUACGAAAUAAAGGAUUAUUUAUUGUCACCGGGUACCUGUAAGUGUGGUCUACCAUGUCCAUUGCGGCCGGAGUAUUUCUUCGAUUUCAAUGCUCAGGUUCCUAAUAUGCCACUGAAAAUGCCAACGCACGACGAAAACGGCUGCAACACCACUACCGCCGCAAACACGAAUGCCAACACACCCGCCUCAACGACGAAUACAUUUCGUUCGACGCCAACAUCUGUUGCUACAAGCUCAGCAUUGGCGGCGUCCCUCUCGCCGUUCUCUUCCUCAUCAACGUCCUCGCAGUCCUCACAGUCGUCGUCGUCAUCAUCGUCGUCGACGUCGACGUCGACGUCUGCAUCAUCAGCGUUGGGGUCGUUGUCAUCAUCCUUGGCGUGUUUGCAUCAGCAACGUUUUCUCGAAUCGCGGCAAUUACAUGCACAACCGGUGGAUGUGUCCUCGGCGCAAACAAAAGACAUUAAACGUGGUAAAAUGGCCAACACUGGCAUCGCAGCGUCGUCUCCAAUGCCCACAGCGGCUAAUGUUAGUGCAACAAAAGCAGGCAACACGAAUGUACAACAACAAGCUAGUCAAAACCCUAAUAAAAUGAUGCCGCCUGCACAGGUGCAUUAUCAGCAGCAACAACAACAACAGCAACAGCAAAAUGUGAUAAAGAAUGUGACAAACAAUGCAGACAUCAAAAUAAAACAGCAGCAACCAACGCUCAAUUCACUUAACGCAGACAACAAAAUGUGGCGCAAAGAUGCUGAACGUGUGCCACCAUUGCCGCAAGCUGCUACUACAACAACAAAUGCGAUAACCACGAUUGCUGGCGAAGAAAACAAUGUGGCAACGCCCACUUGGACGACCGCAAGCGGCGGCAGUGGCAUGAGCCAUCAACAAAACACAACGCGCUACAUAAAGCGCUCGCUCGCCUCGCCGGUGAAGAAACAGCAGCCGAAUUUUAAAGAUGAUCCCACAGGAUACCUGCAGCAACAGACAGCGCUGCUGCACAGCUCAAUGAUGAAUGUUGCCAUGGACGAAGACGACGAGGAAGACGAGGGAGACGAGGAAGAAGAAGACGACGACGAACUCGAUGCCGACGCAUGUGCUGAGGAUGACGCAGAAAUGGCAGAUGAUGGGGAUGAUGCAGAAGACACUGAUGGCUAUGAAAGUGUGGCUGAAGAAGAUAAGCAGAUUAAGCUGAGGCAUGUAGCAAGUGGCAACAACAACAUUGCCAACGGCAACGUCAAUAUAACAAUGCAACAAAGCGUGCAACAAGAAACGACAGGCACUUCAAUUGGUGAUAAGAAACCACAAGGCACUUAUGCCAAGAAAGUUUAUGUGCAAAAUGGUGUGGCACACUAUCAGACACAGAUACAGCAACAGCAUCAGCAGCAGGAGACUACGUUUUAUCGACCACAACAACAACAAGCGCAGCCACAGCAGCUGCAACAACGUAAGACUCAACAAAUCAGCGCUCAUCCACAGCAAAUCAUUGUCACCGCUAAUCAAGUGCACGUGCAACAGCAACAGCAGCAGGCGCAACUACAACAGCAGCAGCAAAGCCAACAGCUAAAGCAAAUGAAUCUGGUCUCCAUCAACGGUCAACUGAUGGUACCCACCUCAAUGGCGGCUGACGGUAGCACAAACUUCACGCUCACUUUGAAGCCUCAACAACACCCACAACAACAGCUGCAACUACAACAGCAGCAGCACCAACAACCACAACAAAUUCAACUCAUGCAGCAGCAAAACAUGGUUUUCAGGCAACAGCAAACGCAAUCGCAGCAGCAAACGCAGAAGCCGAAUCUCGUGCCAACCGCGCAAGAAUCACCGGUCUCCUCAAGCACCGCCUUUGCGCGCUCCACACCCGAAUCGCAACGUCAUACGCCAAGGCCAGAGCAGGUCGGUGCCAUAUCAACAAGCAAUGAAAGCCCAUUGCCAUGUCCAUCUCCAGCCGAUUCGGUCGAGUCGGGCAGCUCACGCGCCUCUUCCUCCAAAAUGACCGCCUCGCCAUCGCCAAUGCAACAGCAGCAACAACAAAAACAAUUGCAACAGCAACAACAUCAAGCCAACUCCAAUCAGGUGGUGCAGAUGCGUGUACAACAACAACAACAACAGCCGCAGCAACAAACACAACAGCAGAUACGCAUUAUACGUCAGACACCACAACAUCAGCAUCAACAACAGCAGCCACAACGCAUAGCGCUUGCGCGCAAUACGUUGACAUCCAUAGCCGCUAGCCGUGCCAUUACAACAACAACCGCCACUACAACUACAGCCGCAGCAACAGCAGCUGUCACAGUCAGCGCUAGUCAGCAGCAUAUAGAGACGCUUGCACCGCCGCCACAACCGCAAAAGUUGCAAGCCACAGUACAGAAAUCCAACAACACAAUUCCACUACAGCUGCCCACAAGUCAAAUCAUCAUGACCUCCACCGGACAAUUGAUUGUUAUGCCGACUAAUGGCAAGCCCACUGCGCAAUUGCAGCAGCAACAAGCGCAAGGCCAGCAGCAACUGCUGAUCACCACAGCUGCCAAUAGCAAUGUCACAGGCAGUGGAGCUGGGCAAACGACAACCGGCAACGUUAUCAUCCAACAUCAGCACCACCCACAGAACCAACUGGAAGUACUUGGCGGUCACCAGCAGCUGACCACCGCGAAUGGCAGCAUCAUACUGCAAAAUGGACAACAGCAUCAACAUCAAGGUGGCUACAUUGUAGGUCAGGCGUCCACCGCCGGCGCCACAACGACCACUGCACAACUGCAGCCCGCUACAGUUAUUUUAAAUUCAGCUGGUCAGAAUAUACUAACCACAAGUAAUGGCACUAAGGUGGCGUUGGCGACAACUGGCAACACUGGCAAUAUCAUACAUGCUGGCGGUCAGCAACUAAUUGCCGGCAAUCAACUGUUGACCACCACACAGAACACCGCUACAGCUACAACUGGUCUAUUGCACGGCCAACAAGCGGUCGUCUUGAAUACGCUGCCAAACGGUGGCUACGUUAUACAACAGCAGCAGCAGCCUACUGCUCAGCAGCAAUUUGCCACGUUGGAUGGUCAGGUGGUAAGUCAGAUUGUUCAACAAGCCGAUGGAACUACAGCCUACGUACAACAAACCCAACAGAGCCCACAGACGCAGCAGCAAGCGCAGACACAACGCAUUAUCAUCACAUCGCCGGAUGUGAAGAGACGUGCGAAGAAACGUAAAAACUCCACUGGCAGUGUCUCGCCUGCCAACACGCCCACCACGAGUCUUUCGCCACAAAUUUCGCCAACUAUACCCAACCAAACGGCCAUUAUACAUCAGCAAGCUGCUGCUGCCGCCGCCGCGGCAGCCGUUGCCGUACAACAACAGCAACCACAACCACCACCACCGCCACAGCCGCAAGUUGUACAAAUCGCUUCCGCUGCACCUCAGUAUCAGCAACAAUUCCAACUUAGCCCUGGUAUACAGGGCAUUGUGGUCAAUAAGCCAGCUACCGCUACAGCGACACAACCACAACAAAUCAUCUUACAGAAUGGCCAAAUCAUACAGCCAAUGAAUCUCAUUGGGCAGCAAUUAAUUGUGCCCACCGGUCUGGUGAUGGCACCCGACACCACAUUACUACAAAUACAGAAUGUGGGCGCUUGCGGGCCGAGCAUACUCACCACCACACCGCAGGGUACAACAAUGAUGUUACGCACACCCUCACCCCAAAAUAAGCAGUUCAUUUCGCCCACGGCCACCGGACAGCAAUUCAUUGUCGGCAGCAAUGGGCAAUUGAGUCCGAUCGGACAAAUUUAUUCGACACCAAUGGGUUUGGUUAUGCCAACGGCACAACAGCAAGCCGGCACAGCCACGUACGUGCAGCAGAAUGCGACCAUACAAGUGCAGCAACAUCCACAAGCACAACAGCAGCAGCACCAACAACAGUCACAGCCGCAGGUGCAAGUACAGCAGCACGUGGCAGCACAACAGCAACAACAACACCAUCAUCAUGUAGCAAUUCAACCGGCCACCGGCGCAAUGCAUCAACAACAACAACAACAGCAACACUCAAAUCAACAACAACAACAUAUAACCAUGCUGAGCUCUGAGCACAUCGUUAUGGAAUCAGCCACGUCGUCUUCGUCAACAACCACGUCAUCGUUGACUCCGUCAAGUCGCGGUGGUCAGCGUUCGGCGGCCGCCAGUCCACCGGACACCACCACCCAUAGCCCACGCAGCCCAGAGCGCCCACCCAGUCAUCGGAGUGGUGGCAGUGAUAUGGUGCAAUGUGUAUCCAGCUCAGAACCGGAUGGUGCCGCCUCGCCACAGAGUGCUGACAGUCGGCAGUCUCCAUCGACCACGGACGCCGAGAAAGGACUUGUUAUGUCAAGCGCAUAUCAAACCACAAGCAUAUACAAGCCGUCAGAAGCAAAAAUACGACGCGUACAAACACCGCCGCAGAGCGUGGGCGCAGGUGGCGCUGUUAUGAAUGCCGGCGGUGGAGCUGGAGCCGGUGGCGUGGGCUUUACCAUCACAUCAGCCGCGACAUCUACAGCUUUGGCCACUACACUUCAGCUACAGCAACAACAACAACAACAGCAGCAACAUCAACGUCAGCAGCAACAGCAGCAGCUGCAGCAACAUCAUUCUCUCCACCAGGACAUUGUAAUGAAGCCCGAUUCGCACGAGUCACCAAGAAACUCGCCAACAACCACAACUAAAACAACGACCACACCACCACCACUUACAGUCAACAACCUAGCCAACCGUAAAUCGCCACAAAAGUCGCCAAACAAACUGUUACGCGGUCGUGCCACACGCACCGCACGCACCACCGUCAACAACAUCACAGAAUUGGCUGCUGACAGCACCGCGGUGCCGGCAACAGCACAUAUUACAACAACAUCGGCAGCGGCAGCGGCAACGAUAGCAACAGCAACACACACGUUUGCAAUUGGCGAAUUGAUUUGGGGUCCAUCGCGCGGUUAUCCCGCCUGGCCGGGUAAGGUGGUGAAUGUGGAAACGGAUGAGCAAUCACAAACCGCUAAUGGUGAACCAGCCGUUUGGGUGCAAUGGUUCAGUGGUGGGGGUCGUAUCAUAACCGAACUGAUAGCGAUCACUUCGUUACACAGUCUGUCUGAUGGUCUGGAGGCGCAUCACAAAGCGCAAAAGGAUACCAGAAAGAGCCGAAAAUUGAAUUCACAACUCGAGCGUGCCAUUCAAGAAGCAAUGACCGAAUUGGAUCGUAUUUCAGCUACUUCGACAACAACAACAUUUGUGAAUGCAACAGCCGCCAAUAAGCAAUUGCAGCAGGCAACCGCCUCGUCGACCACGAGCACAACACUCAACAACAACGCGAACAGUCCCAAUCGCAAUAAGCGCCACAGCAACACCAUGCAGCGUCUACACAAUAACAACAACAACCAUAAUAGCACUACUGGCAGCGCUGCAGCCACAGGCAACGGUGGUUAUGCAAUUGUGCCAACAUCUGGUGGACCCACACACGCCAUAUCCACCACCACCAGCGCGCAGAACAGCUUCGGCGCACCACCACCAACAACAGCAACAGCACCACGCAACAAACCAAUACGCAUAGCGCCAGCACCGGCCCCCACCGGCGCUUCACCCAACAAAGCAACAAGCGGCACUGCAGUGGCGCUCAACCACGCGCAGGCGCAGUCGGCACAACAAGCCACCACGCAACAGCUCUCGGCGCUGGGCAAAUGACACGGGGAGUCGUGCGCACAAGUCUCAUGGUCCAUGCAAACCUACACGCUUGUCAUACACAACAAA